UUGACAUGAGAAAGAGUUGAAAUCCAUCACAACCAUGAUGAGCUUCCCUGUUUGCGGUGUUGUGACGAAGCUGGUUUUGGCACUCUUCCCUCCCGCGUUGUUUUAGAAGCCAGCGCGUUCGAUUUCUUUUGUUCGCUCUUGUUCAGCUUCGAAUCAUGGCAUUGCCCGGGCAGCAGACUCCCGACAAUUGCCCGCACUUCAAACUUGUCAUCGUUGGAGAUGGAGGCACAGGAAAGACUACAUUUGUUAAGCGCCAUUUGACCGGUGAAUUUGAAAAAAAAUACGAACCAACCAUCGGCGUAGAGGUGCACCCGCUCGACUUCUUCACCAAUUGUGGGCGCAUCCGAUUCUACUGCUGGGAUACCGCCGGGCAGGAGAAAUUCGGAGGACUUCGUGAUGGAUACUACAUCCACGGACAAUGCGCCAUCAUCAUGUUUGACGUGACUGCAAGGCUGACGUACAAGAACGUCCCAACUUGGCAUCGCGACCUGUGCAGGGUGUGCGAGAACAUUCCGAUCGUGCUGUGCGGGAACAAGGUGGACGUGAAGAACAGGCAGGUGAAGGCGAAGCAGGUGACUUUCCACAGGAAGAAGAACCUGCAGUACUACGAGAUAUCAGCGAAGUCGAACUACAACUUUGAGAAGCCGUACUUGUAUUUGGCGAGGAAGCUUGCCGGUGACCCGAAUCUGCACUUCGUGGAGUCGCCAGCGCUAGCUCCUCCGGAGGUACAAAUCGACAUUGCGACACAGGCGGCGCUAGAGGCAGAGAUCGCCCAAGCACAAGCGUUGCCUCUUCCCGACGACGACGAUGACGCCUUUGACAGCUAGAUUCUCGAAGCUUGUGCUGCUAGGCUGUGGCUGGUGGUGCUUUAUGUGUGGUUGAUCGCUGGGCGUGAUGAGGGUGUAAUGAAGGCGUAUUUGUAGGCAGUUCACGACAUUCUCUAAUCCUGGGUAGAUGAGGAUAAUGGACGGUCGUUAUUGAGGAAAGCAUUUUAUUGUAGGUUAAAUAUAAUUGAGGUGGGUCUCAGUUCCCUUCGAGAGCUCCUCUUGCCCUUCGUUUCUUUCAUCACUGCACUCAACUUGAUUAGAGGCGAAGGUUUUGUUGAAGGAGGAAACAUCAAGUGAGACGAUCUUGUUACCCUUAUACGGCAGCUGAUUUGGAUAAUUCCGGUGAAAUGAAUUCGAAGAUACGGCUGUGCUUCUGUGCCAGCUUUAAGAAAAAUUAUUGUUGGACAACUCCAUGUUUAUCUUACCAUGCUGAUAUGUAAAACUGCUGAGUGGAAAAGUCCUGAGAGUGUUCAGUGUCUUGGGUACUGAGCUGUUUAUCGAUUCAACAAUG